UUGUGCUUAUUUUAAGCGGCUUUAUGUUUACAGAACAUUGUUUGGUUUUGUUUUUUUCAUUUUAUGCAUCUGAUUGUCAUGAUUAACUGAUUUUCCAUAGUUUAUUAAUUCUUAUUUAUUUGAUAUGUUUGAAUAAUGAACCGUAAAGUUUCAAAGGAAGGUAAAAAAUUGUUAAGCAACACCAUCCAAUCCGUUGAAUAUGGUAACAGAAUGAAGGAGGAGAAAGAUAUGUGGGAUCGACAUUUAGAAUCAAAAAAGAGUAGCCAUCGUCAUCGCCCGUACAGCAAUUCAAAAUCCCGUAAAUCACAUCAUCACAGUGACAGAUAUCAUCAUUCGAGUCGUCAUCAUUCUAGAAGUCAUUCACAUGAUCGUAGGAAAGAUGAUGAAAGGAGAAAGACCAAGGAAAGACCUGAGUCAACUGGAGAAUCAGCUUAUUACUCAAAGAAAUCAACUGAAUCGGUGCCAUCUGAUGUAAAUAGAAGAAGCCAUGCUGAAAAGGAACCAGAGGAUAAAAAGAAAAAGAUUUAUGUUCUAGAUGUUGAAAUGAGUGACGAUGAAGAGAGAAGUGAACGAGAUGAUCAAAGUCGCACUGCUUCUCAUCCUAGUAAUGAUGCAACAACUGAUGAAGGUGUUGAUGAUAUUGUCAGUCCAUCAAGAACAAGUGAAGAAGAAGAUAACGAAUCAAUUAAAGGUACCGAAGACGACGCUGAUUCUUCAAGUAACGAGUCUAAAGAUGAAAUUAAAUCUACACCAGAACCAAGCGAGGAAAGUUUCCAAAAAGAAGUAGACAUUAGUAAAGAAGAGGAAGAAGUAAAAGAACCAAAAGAAGAAUUACCUCCUUAUUACCCAGCUAUUCAGGGCUGUCGUAGUGUCGAUGAAUUUGAGCGUCUUAACAAAAUUGAAGAGGGAACUUACGGUGUUGUAUACCGAGCAGAAGAGAAACGAACUGGAGCCAUCGUUGCUCUCAAAAGAGUUAAAAUGGAAAAAGAGAAAGAAGGUUUUCCAAUCACUUCCCUUAGAGAAAUCAGUACUUUGUUGAAAGCUCAGCACCCAAAUAUCGUUGCUGUCAAAGAAAUUGUUGUUGGAAGCAAUAUCGACAGUAUAUUUAUCGUUAUGGAAUACGUUGAACAUGACCUGAAAAGUCUAAUGUCAACAAUGAAGCGACAUUUUACUUUAGGUGAGGUUAAAACACUUAUGUUACAAUUGUUAAGUGCUGUUGCACAUUUACAUGAUAAUUGGAUUUUACACAGAGAUUUGAAAACUUCUAAUCUUUUAUUUAGCCACAAAGGAAUUUUAAAGGUUGGUGAUUUUGGUUUAGCUCGUGAAUAUGGAUCUCCUCUCAAGCCAUAUACACCCAUUGUUGUUACUCUCUGGUAUCGAUCUCCGGAAUUACUUUUAAAGACUAAAGAAUAUUCUUGUCCCAUUGACUUAUGGUCGGUUGGGUGUAUUUUUGGGGAACUCUUAACUAUGAAGCCAUUAUUCCAAGGCAGCACUGACAUAGAUCAACUUAACAUCAUAUUUGAAUGUUUGGGAACACCGAAUGAAAAAAUUUGGCCCGGAUACUCGGAAUUGCCUUUACUAUCAAAAGUCUCAUUUCAAGAAUAUCCUUAUAAUAAUUUAGUUAAAAAGAAGUUAUCAAAAGUAAAUCUGAGUUCAAAAGGCCUCGAUUUAAUCAACCGAUUUUUAGCGUACUGUCCCGAAAGGCGUAUUACUGCCGAAGAAGCGUUAAAACAUGAAUUUUUCACCGAAGCACCUAAACCAAUUGAUCCUUCAAUGUUUCCAACAUGGCCUGCAAAAAGUGAACAAGGUCUGAAUAAAACACAAAAGUCUAAAAGUCCAAAACCACCUUCAGGAGGUAAACUUUUUUCAAAACAGUUGGCAGCUGAUGACGAUGAAAAGUUCGUUGGGGCAUCAACAUCAACUUCAGGAUUCCACAUGAACGUAUCUUCGUCCAGUAAACCAUCAAGCAUUGGUUUCAGCUUGAAAUAUUAAAAUAAUUAAUCAUUAGAAUAAUUGUGUAAUUUAAUGAAAUGCAAAUGUAUGUAUUUUUCAAUUUGUAAUAACUCUGCUCUUUACCAAUUGACUUUCUUAAAAGCUAAAGUGUCUUGGAAUUAGAUAAACUAAAUCCGAAUGUAAAUUAUUGUUCCGAAUGUUUAAUUAUUGAUUAUUCAAUCAUGUCAUACGUGUAAAUUUAACUCAAGAAUAGAGGCACAACUAUUAUGUUUUAUUUUCAAAGAGCUAAUCAAAAUUGAUUAUUGACAAUAAUUGACUCAAUUAGCUCAAAUAAAAUUUCACUCAUUCAUGCUGUA